AUGGCGGCCGUUUCAGCACCAACCCCCAAGCUGGAUCGAUACAUCGUCAUCCACGUUGCAACCACCUGCGACGAACAUGGCGUAUAUGUCACCAAGGACUCGGCUGAGGUCAUUGAGUUAGGAUGGAUUCUGUUGGACACUAAGACCUGCGAGGAAUUGCAUCGUGAAAGCGUUCUCGUCAAGCCCGUCAAUACUCCAAUCACCCCGCUUUGCACGAGCUUGACCACUUUGACAUGGGAACACGUUCGCUCCGCAGGUACUUUCCGGGACGCCAUCUCUCGAUUCGACGCCUUCGCCCAGGAACACCUCACUAGCAAACACCUCGAGUUUGCCUUUGUGACGUUGGACUCGUGGGAUCUGCGGGUGCAGCUGCCCCGCGAGGCCCGCGACAAGGCCGUCGUGCUGCCCGCAUACCUGCAGCAUUCCCGCACUUUCGACCUGCGAACUGAAUAUCAACGCUGGCAGACCCAUCACCCUGAGUCGCUGCCUUUCGGUCCCAGCUCGCUUUCCAACAUCUGCGCUGCCCUCGAGGUCGAGCCCGUUCAGUCGUCUGCCCCGAUUAAGCACAACCUUCCUUUCCAUUUGCAAGCUUUGGCCCCCGCUUCGCCCCGCCGUGCCAUGGAGGAGUCUGUUACUCUCGCCCGUGUGCUUCGUGGUUUGAUCCGCAAGUCGCAGCCGCCCCAGGAGCACCCUGAGAUCCUCACUCGUCCCAUGGAUGCUCAUGCCGAUGUUCGGGCCUUUUUAGCAGAACGGAGCAAGGUUCUGCACCUUAGUGGCCUCCCCCACGAUACCACUCAGUCUGAGUUGGAGAGCUGGUUCACCCAGUUCGGUGGUCGUCCCAUCGCCUUUUGGACUCUGCGGACACCAGACCAGCACAAGCCCACUGGCACUGGCUUUGCCGUCUUCUCUUCGCACGAGGAGGCUGCUGAAAGCCUGUGCAUGAACGGUCGUGCGCUCAACGAAAAGGCGAUUGAGGUCUCUCCCUCUUCCAGUCGGGUUUUGGACCGGGCCGCCGAGAUCCUCACUCCUUUCCCGCCCUCCAAAAACCGUCCUCGUCCUGGUGACUGGACCUGCCCAUCUUGCGGCUUCUCUAACUUCCAGCGCCGCACAGCAUGCUUCCGCUGCUCGUUCCCUGCCAUGGCGGCCGCACCCGACCCAAUGAACUACGGAAACUACGGCUACGGUCCGCCAUCAAUGAUGCCCCCUCACAUGGGCCACGGCGGCGGUCACGGUAUGGGUGGUGGUCAUUCGCGUGGUAUGGGUGGCAACGGUGGUGUUGUCCCCUUCCGCGCCGGUGAUUGGAAGUGUGGUUCUGAGGGUUGUGGCUACCACAACUUUGCGAAGAACAUCAACUGCCUACGAUGUGGUGCCCCUCGCUCGGGCGCUGCCGUCGUGGCAGACUCGGCAUUCCCGUCACCGAUGGAUCCACCGUCGCAAUUCAAUAUGGGGCCCAACUCGAUGGCUAGCACACCUGCCCCUGCUCCGUUCGCCUCUACCGCCGGCGGAUUCGGUGGUUUCAGCCAGCAGUUCGGUGGCCCGCCCAACAACUACGCUCUGCCCUCCGGUGGUCUGGGUAACAACACCCCCGGUGCGUACCCUCCCAUGGGUCAGAUGAACUCGGGCUACGGUUCUUCCACCGCCUCGCACUCGGCCGCCUCCUUCGCCAACCCGGCUACUCAGGCCGCUUUCACUGGUGCGGACCACGGCGUGCCCUCCAGCAGUGCUUCCAACGGUGCUUUCUACGGCACCGAUGGUGCCAGUGACCCCUUCGCUUUCUUGUCGAGUGGCCUCGGUGGUCUGACGGUGUCUGAUGACCCCCACUCUCGUCGCAACGGCUCCAGUGCCAACAAGUCGCCCGCUUAA